AUGGUUUGCAACACCAAGGAGGAUGCCGAUGGCACCCUCCCUGGCAUACACGAGCAUUUUGACUAUCUGCUUCAGAAUAAGGUGGGUGCUGACGUGACGUUUGAGGUCAGCGGCGAGACGUUCGUUGCACACCGGUGUGUGCUCGCAGCCCGAUCAAAAGUUUUCAUGGCACAGCUCUUCGGCCCCAUGAUGGAGGCCACUACGUCCACUGCCAUACAGAUCAAAGACAUGAAACCAAAAGUGUUUGCAGCUUUGCUUAGCUUCAUCUACACAGAUUCGUUCCCUAAGAUGGAUAAGGAUAUAGUGUGGCUGCAAGACCUGCUUGUCGCGGCGGACAGGUACGAUCUCCAGAGGCUCAAAUUCUUACGUGAAAAAAAGUUGUCUGAGGACAUAGAUGUGGGCUCGGUGGCGUCCACUCUUGCUCUAGCCGACCGGCACCACUGCCACGGACUGAAGGAGGUGUGCUUCAAGUUUAUCCAAGCACAAUCUCCUGAGUGUUUGGAUAAACUAAUGAUGACUGAUGGCUGGCAGUGUACUGUUACGACGUACCCCUCUGUUUUCAAUGAGCUUGUUGCCAAGCUUGUGUCCAAUCAGAAGAAGAGCUAG